AUGGAGGAUCCCGACUCUGGAUCACAGAAUGGCAGCGCGCGUGCGAAGCACACAUCUACGCAGGUCUACGCUUCGGAAGCUACACCAUCCUCAAAUGCGCGAGGCUUGUCUCAGCAGAACGGCGGUGCUCCCAAGCGAUCUCGCAAGCACAGGCUAAGCGACGAUGAGGGCGAUCUGAUUGUGAGCGGGAACCAGGACGACUCUGACGACGACAAAAGGUCGAAGCCAGAUGCAAAGCGUUCCCGUCUGUCUCAGGUUCACCGUGAGGACGCGAGGAACAGCGAGGACAUGAGGAACAAGACCGCGAUGAAGCCCUCAAGGCCUAGCAAGAGUACCGCGACUCAAUCGCCCAAUACUCCACGCUCUACGUCGACCUCUGGUGGCAAGGCGAACCCUGGCAAGACCGCUGCUCGCAAGAAGGAUGCCGCACCAAAGCCGAAGACGCUGCCGGCAACGCCUCUGCACCACUACAUCGAGGUCAUCCAACCUCCAUCUACACCCAUCCACCCCUCCCUCUCCUCCGAUUGGCGUUCGCGGCCCGCUCCCGCGUCAACGCGCAAGGUUGAUGAACAACCGAAGAUUCUUGACGACGCACCUGAAGCUGGCAGCCGUGAAAAGAAAUCCACAGCCUCCCGGUCAGAGACGCCUGUCACCAGCGACGCUUCGAGUGAAACUGAGACUGAUGGGUCUGACACCGAACCCAAAAUCGGCAUCGAGCUCAAGAUUGUCAACCAACGGCUUAAUCUCGGCGACCAGACAGCUCGAGUUUCGAAGAUUCUCAAGCUGUCCACGCCGGAGGCUCUCAAGCAUGCACUCUUUGUUCACGCAUUCCCCGACGGCCCGAAGAAGGACGAUGCCAUGCGCCCCAUGCUCCUUGCGAUCACCGAGCGCGAACGAGACCCCCAACUUGCUCGCCGAAUCACUCGGGACGACGAUUACAGUCAGAAGUUAGCCAAGCAUCCUCUUCAUCGCAUCACACUUCUCCGCGGGAGGGUCAAGGCGACCGUUGCAAAUGUUAUGUGUGGCGCUUUUGGGGUCAGGAUAAUUGACGCUACGAAGGCUGCUUGGUUGCAGCACAAUGAGCGGUAUAUCUAUAUCAAGGAUCUCGCGACUGAGAAUGUGGAUACGGGUCGCCCGUUUGGUCACCCUAUAUACAGUCAGGUUCUGAACGCCUGCUUCUUCGACAAGGCUCGUUCAUACGGCGAACGUUUCGCUUCGGAGUUCAAGUCAUCGCUCCCCUCUCACCCUCACCAGAAGGAAAUUCCCGCACCGAUGCUCGCAUUAGUCGCAACUGCGAUCUUUGCAGUGCUCCAGGAGACGAAGAACCCUGACAAGCGCCGCAAGGGCCAAGACUUUGCUUCGAACUUGUUCACAUCGAAGUAUGAGGACAUCAUCGACCUCCUGUGCACUAUCCAGCCUGACGACAAGAGAUAUCACUCUCUGAUGCAUGGUCUUUGGAAGCGGAGCGUCUCCUCCGAUGCCGUUGAUCCCACUACCGAUAAGACCUCCGAAUUCACCACCAAGAAGCUCCUCGACUUAUCUGCCAUGUCCACCGACUUCUGA